AUGAGUGACGGAACUCUUUUUAACAAGCGCCAAAUUAAAACGCUCAGAAAAGCAUUUGAUCUUCGUGCUAGAAAAGUUAGUGGAACACUUACAAAGGAAAAGAUGAAAUCUACUAUCAAAUCUUUAAGAUUAAUUCCAGCUCCAUCAGAAGAUGAAAUUGAUCAAAUGUGUUGCUAUGAAGAAGUCACAUUUGAAGAUUUUGUCAUGACAAUUUACAUGUAUAUGAGAGCAGUCAGUAAUUCUAACGAAUUAAUCAGAGCAUUCCAAUUCUUCGAUAAAACGAAAUCUGGUUUAAUUUCGUUUGACACGGCGAUUCAAAUUCUCCAGAGCCAAGGUAUUCUCUUAUCUACAGUACAAAAAGAAGCAAUGCGCGCUGAACUACAAGUAAGGGAAGAUGGGAUGGUCGACUAUGUUUCGUUUGCUCAUCGUGUUAGACCAAAUUAA